AAUGUUGAUUCUGUGAUUGUAAUGGUUCGAUUAUUGUUUAUUUAUUUUAUAUCGACGUUUCCCUGGGGCCUGGAGUAAACUUUCGAUUUUGCAACUUGUUAGGAAUAGAUUAAGUGUUACGUUGUUAUCGUAUAUGAUUAGAACUUGUAGGUACAGUUUGUUCAUGUGAUACGGUCCUGCAUUUGAUAUCAACGAAUAAUAUUUUAAAAGCUAGAAAUUACUAAGGUCAUGUAAAGACAAAGUGAUGGCUUGAAUUGACCGACCUUGCAUGUUCCCUGAAAUGGAUUCAACUUUCGAGUCACUUUAGAGUGAUUUAUUGAAAUAGUGGAAUUGGUGGACUAGCCAUAAACUCCUUAGGUCGAACUUUGUACCUGUAGGUCCAUUUCAGACUAAACAUUUGGGAUUUGAAUUGAGAGAACUUUUUACAUUCCAUUUCACUGCCACAUUGAGAAGUACAAUGGACCCAUUCAAGAAGCAAUCUUCCCUUAUAACUCCAUUUGUAACAAGGCCUUGGAUGAACCAAAAUGGGGCUGCUGCCGCUGCUUCAUCUGGUUCGGUAGGUCUUAAAGGAAUAAUAGCAGGUGGAAUAACAGGGGGUAUUGAGAUCUGUAUUACAUUUCCAACAGAAUAUGUUAAGACGCAAUUGCAAUUAGAUGAAAAAGGGGCCCAAAAACAGUAUACUGGUAUAGCUGAUUGUGUUAAAAAGACUGUGAAAGGUCAUGGUAUUUUUGGGCUUUACAGAGGAUUGAGUGUCUUAGUGUAUGGAUCCAUUCCUAAAAGUGCGGUAAGGUUUGGUAGUUUUGAAUUCUUUAAAAAUCAACUUGCUGAUGAAAAUUAUGAACUUGGCCCAUUGAAUCGGUUAUUAUGUGGUCUAGGAGCAGGAGUGGCCGAAGCAAUUUUUGCUGUAACUCCAAUGGAAACUGUCAAAGUUAAAUUUAUAAAUGAUCAACGAAGUGCCAAGCCUAGAUUUAAGGGAUUUGUGCAUGGUGUUGGUAUAAUUAUCAAAGAACAAGGUAUAAGUGGAGUAUAUAAGGGUUUGACUGCCACAAUAAUGAAACAAGGUUCCAAUCAAGCCAUUAGAUUUUAUGUGAUGGAAUCAAUGAAACAGUGGUAUAAAGGUGAUGACAAGAAUAAGAAAAUACCGAAGAUGGUAGUAGGAGGAUUUGGUGCUAUUGCAGGUGCUGCAUCAGUAUUUGGUAAUACUCCUCUAGAUGUUGUUAAAACAAGAAUGCAAGGCUUAGAGGCUUCCAAGUAUAAAAAUACGUUAGAUUGUGCAGUUAAAAUUUGGACACAAGAAGGGCCUUUUGCAUUUUACAAAGGCACUGUACCUAGAUUAGGUAGAGUAUGUCUUGACGUUGCUAUAACCUUCAUGAUCUACGACAGUUUCAUGGAAUUGUUCAACAAAGUCUGGAAAUAAUAUCGCUAAUAGUAGCUAGAUAAUGAUUUUAUCUGUGGGUUUUUUGCAUAGAUGUCUCAUUCAAGUGCAUGAGGCACAUAGCAGUUGUUGAUUCUGUAUGUUAGCUUGUUAAAUGGUAACAUUUAUAUAGUUGACAAUUUUCUGAAUUUCACUUUUUAUUAUUUGGGGAUAGGGCUUCUUACACUGAAUAUACAUUCAUAGAUUUUAUAAAACUUUGUGAUAGCAUGAAUUCCAAUAUUUAAUGACCAUUGCAUUUAUCACCUCUGGUUUUUAACUUUACAAUAAUUUAAGAUUACUUCAACAUUAUUAAUUUUUAUAAUUGAGAGAAUAUUUUGACGAAUGCUAUAUUUUUAUACUGAUGAUGUAUCUUAAAUCUUUCCUAGUCCAAUGAGAGAAUGAGUUGAAUGUUAACCUGAAAAUUUAUAAUUCAAUUCUUAUUAUUUUGAUAUCAUAAUUGUGUCAACUAAAUUGUUAAAAUUCAAAAUUGUUUUCAAAUUUUAUCUAUAUGUAUUUGUUAUAUGUAUACUCGCUUUGCGCCAUUUUGUUAUUAGAUUUUGAUAUUGUUUUGUAUGUUGUGUUUUAAAGAUUAUAUUUUCAUGAGCUUUAGUAAAGUUUUUAAAAGAAGUA